CUAUAAAAGGCGAGACUGAUGACAGCGUGGGAUACAACACCAGCCGCCAGCCGCCAGCCGCCAGCCUCUUCCUCGCUGUUGUAUCAUUUAGCAGAAUGGCCUCUAACAAGAAGAGAAACAUUGAUAGUUGCAGUGUGCAUGACAUUACUUCGGUGGAUGAGAGAAGAUGGGAGGAAUUUGACAUUAAUAUCCUUAGAGAAAUAUUUUCUAUAUUACCCAACUGUGACCUGUUUUGCAAUGUCUCCUCUGUAUGCCAGUCAUGGAUGUUGGUCUGUUGGGAUAUCUUGUUUUGGAGACAUAAUAUGCUUGAUUUGACUCCUGUUUUGGAAGCUUCUGCAAAUUUUAAUUUCAGAUUUCAAAAAUCAAUGAGUAAGCUGCUAAGGACUGUAAUGGAGGGUCAUGAUGCUAAUGGCUUUUCUCUAGAGCGAUGGAGAUUAUCUGUCAAGACUGUUGUGAUCCCCAAAGGUCUUGAUAUUACUGAUGAACACCUUCUGUACAUAGCCAAAAGAACUCCUAACCUUGAAGAUCUUGUACUAGAGGGCACUUAUAAGAUAACAGAAAAAGGCUUUGCUGACGCAAUAUGUAAUUGGAAAAAAGUUCAGCAUAUAGUUCUUCCACUACAAACGCAGGAAUCUUGUUUUGUUCAGAUCAUACAAGCGAUUAGUGAAAACUGCUCUGAACUUGAGACUCUAUACGUAAUCAACCCUCUUGAAAUGAUGAGAUUUAUAACAGCUGAUAUAGCUGAGACUUUAUGCAGAAUGAAGACCUUAGUGACCCUAGUUUUUGAAGGUGCUUGCUUGUACAGGGAGGCCAUUAAUAUGAUCUUUGAUGAGUGCCUUAAGCUGGAAACAAUUCAUAUACGGGACUGUUGCUUAAUGGCGGAUGGCCUUGAAUUGGCAGGUUUUAUGACUGCCAAUAUAAGGCUUGGUGAAAUGGAAAUUGGCAGUGGGCGCUUAUGGAGAAUUGAAGGAAGUGAAACAAGAGGGAAACCUGAUCAAGUGUCGUAUGUGCAGAAGAAAUUUAUGCAAUGGAGGAAUGAAUCACCAGGUUUAUAUUUUGAUAUUGAGUUGAAUGAUGAAAACGCUUUAUUGGAUGAUGAUGAUUUUAUUGUUUUGUAAGUUAAAGAGUAGAUUUAACCAAAGUAAAUUAUCUUAUGAUUAUUUGUAUUUAUUGACUAAUGGAGAUUAGAGAAUUUAUGCAAGUAGUGGCUUUUCAACUCUU